AUGACCAACCCGCCGACGACCACACACAAUGCGUUUGUGUCUCCCGAACCACCCAAACCAAUCCUCCUCCGACCUCUUCCAGUGAAGAAGGCAUCACUACCCCCGCCCAAUCCCUUACCUUCGUCGCUCCCCGUAUCGCCCUCGCCGCCCCAGCAGGCCCUCUCCGACCACCUGUACCGCGCACUCAAGACCGGAGUAUGCGCAGAUGUUCGCAUCUGGGUGCGCCGCUGGAACGUCGGAUGGCUCGUGCACAAGAUGGUUCUUGUCCAGGCCGGAUUCUUCCAGUCGCUGUUCAUGGGUGGUUUCUCAGAAGAUGCCCCUCCACGCCCACGGACCAAGAGCCAACAUGUCGACGGCGACGACGAGUGGAGCGGCGAGGACAUUGAGCUCACCUUUGAUGACCCCAACAUCACCCGUACCGCCUUCGAGAUUUGUUUGUCCCGUCUCUACUCGCCGUUUCCCCAGUUCCAUUUCCCGGUCUCGAUGCUGCCCACGGCUGCGCAGCCCCUCACCCCGUCGUAUCCGCCUGGCGCGUCAUUCCCCUCCCUCCAAAUGUCCUACGACCAAGUCGCGGCGAACAUGCACCUCGUCACGCCCCGUCUGUGCCUCUCGCUUCUGGCCACUGCCACAUACCUUGGCCAGCCCUACUUACUGCGCGAGGUUCUGGCCAUUGUCCUCCGCACUGUUGGGCCCUCUACCGUGGGGCGGUACCUCGAGUUUGCCAUCGGCGACGGUAUCGGCGAUGAGGAAUGGGACAAUCAGGACGACGAGGGUGCUAAAGGCAUGGAGAAGGUUGCGCGCACGCUGUCGUCCGGGUUUACCCAGCAUGACUCUGACGAGUGGGUGAGCGAGAUCGAGUCCGAGGACAUCUCCGCGGCGCCCGACCGCUCACCCCGUCAGUCUCUCGUCGAGAGCCCACUGUCCGAAAUCGAGACGUCCCCUCCGGAGAUCACCCAUAGGACGUCGACUGAUUCGGCGUUAUCGGACGAGUACGCCAAGGUCUCAGACCACAGCGUGUCGCGCACGUCGUCGAUGAAGUCGAACGCAACCGCGCGCCCUUUGUGCUCCGAGAAGAUUGUCCGGGUCGAUGACGCGCAUGCUCGCCCAACCCCGAGCAUGCCGCAAUAUUACGGCUUCGUCUCAAACAAGAUUGGUGAGGCGUGCGUGUGCUGGCUGGCGAGAUGGGGCCUGGACAUUCUCAACAUCGAGACGCAGUUGGGGGCUGAGGAUAAGGACGUGCCCAUCGUCUGGGGUCACGGCGGCAUCCCCGCCAAGUUCGUCAGAGCUAUUCUCUCUUCGGACGCACUGUUUGUCCCGAACGAGCGCGAGCGCUAUCAGAUGACGCGUCGCGUGCUCGAGCUACGUCGCGAGUCCUGGCAGGAUGCGUCCGACGAAAUGUCCACGCCCAUGGACGCGACCGGGCCCAUAGACGAGGAUGCCUGGGAGGACGAGGAGAACGAGAUCGCAAAGGUCUUUGCCGAGGGCAUCUACUACUCGCACAUGUCUUUCGAAGACCUCUCCGUCAUCUCUAGCGACAUUGACCUGGCAACAGCACUUCCGUACGCUCCGCUCCACAUCCUCCAGGCUGCGCACUGGCAGGCUGCCGACUUCAAGAGCCGCAUCUCGGGCGCCAAGAACGCCGACAACGAGGGCGAGCUGGGCUUCACCCAGACUACCUCUGAAAUUUCGGGGCUCUUCCAGCGGCGCAAGGUUGGACGCUCGCGCCUGUCGACGCCCUACGGGUCCUCGUUACCGUCAAAGUCAACGCUCUCAUUCUCGUCGCUCUCGCUCAACCCCGGCUUAGGCAACCCCGUGGCGCCCGACGCGACCUUCUUCCCCGUACCGAGCGACGACACUCACCGCAUUGGGGCCACAGGCCUCUUAUUCGUCUCAACCCAGUCUGUGACUGCCCCGCUGCCGAGCAUCCCGGGCAUGCCGGACUUUGGCCCAGAGUGGGGUGAGGCGAUUAGCCGCCAGAAGCCGCCGUCUCGCCCGCACGACGAACGCUCGUUCUUUGGCAUCAUGCGCGGGGCUCGCCGCGGGCCCGAGAUCGACGCCAAGUUACGCGAGGAGGGCGGUAUCCUCCCGCCCGGCAUGGUCGAUAGGGCAGCAGACGAGCGUUGGUCCAAGGUCGAGCCGUUCCGCUUCGCAGUCGAGUUCUGGGGCGUUGACAAGCUCAACGUCGACUCAAAGGAACGCCUGUACUCGCAGACCUACUUCUACGCUGGGUCGUACUUCAACGUCUACGUCUCCGCGAUUCGCAAGAAGGACAAGGGUGUCCAGCUUGGGAUCUACCUCCAUCGCCAGUCGACCACUGAGCCCUUCCCUACCGCUUCCUCGCCCAACUCGCCACCAAGCUCCAGAGUGGUUACGGAGGCGCAGGCCCAGUCGCAAGACGCCGCGCCCACCCUCGCACCGAAUAACACGCCCAACAACUCUGACUUCACGCGCAUCAACCCCGGCGCCGGCGCGAACAUGUACCGCACCUUCUCCGUCUCGCCACCCGUCAUCGGCUCGCCUGUUAGCCGGCACAACUCGCUCCCGGAUGCGAGCAGUGAUGAGGCGCGUGAGAACCCUUACGUUGACCCACGCGACAUCACAAAAGCGUACUUCAGCAUCACCUGCGCAACCGCGCUCGGCACCGCCAUGGUACGCUUCUCGUCUGCGCCCGACUGCUUCGCGCUCUCCCAGUCCUGGGGCUGGAAGAGUUCUGCCCUUCGCUCGGAAGAGUACCUCAGUGUCCCCAGCAGCGAGGGCGACAGCGCGCUCGGGUGGGUCGGCGAGAGCGGUGAGGGCGGUAGCCUUCGUGCGACCGUCGUCGUGGGCAUCAUUUAA